AUGCUGCUGGACGCCGGCCCGCAGUUCCCGGCCCUCGGCGUGGGCACCUUCGCCCGGCACCACCACUCGGCCGCGGCGGAGAUGCAGGACCGGGAGCUGAGCCUGGCGGCGCAGAACAGCUUCGUGGACUCGGCGGCGGCGGCGGCGCACAUGGGCGCCUUUAAGCUCAACGCCGGGGCCCACGACCUCUCCCCCGGGCAGAGCUCGGCGUUCACCUCGCAGGCGCCCGGCUACCCCGCCGCCGCCCUGGGGCCCCACGCCGCCCACGUCGGCUCCUACUCCGGGGCGCCCUUCAACUCCACCCGGGACUUCUUGUUUCGCAGCCGCGGCUUCGGGGACUCGUCGCCGGCCGGCGGGCAGCACGGCAUCUUCGGCCCUGCGGCCGGCAGCCUGCAUCACCCGCACACGGACGCUCAGAGCCACCUCCUCUUCCCGGGCAUCCACGACCAGCACGGCCCCCACGCCUCCCAAAACGUCCUCAACGGGCAGAUGCGCCUGGGCUUGCCGGGGGAGGUGUUCGCCCGGUCGGAUCAGUACCGCCAGGUCUCCAGCCCCAGGACUGACCCUUACUCGGCGGCUCAGCUGCACAACCAGUACGGCCCCAUGAAUAUGAAUAUGGGCAUGAACAUGGCAGCCCACCACCACCACCACCACCCAGGUGCCUUUUUCCGCUACAUGCGGCAGCAGUGCAUCAAGCAAGAGCUCAUCUGCAAGUGGAUCGACCCCGAGCAGCUCAACAACCCCAAAAAAAGUUGCAAUAAAACUUUCAGCACCAUGCACGAGUUGGUCACCCACGUCUCGGUGGAGCACGUUGGGGGACCCGAGCAGAGCAACCAUGUCUGCUACUGGGAGGAGUGUCCCCGGGAAGGCAAGCCCUUCAAAGCGAAAUACAAACUGGUCAAUCAUAUCCGAGUGCACACGGGAGAGAAGCCCUUCCCCUGCCCCUUCCCCGGCUGCGGAAAAGUUUUCGCCAGAUCAGAAAACCUCAAAAUUCACAAAAGGACGCACACAGGGGAGAAGCCCUUCCAGUGCGAGUUCGAAGGCUGCGACCGGCGCUUCGCCAACAGCAGCGACCGCAAGAAGCACAUGCACGUCCACACCUCGGACAAGCCCUACCUGUGCAAGAUGUGCGACAAGUCCUACACCCACCCCAGCUCCCUGCGGAAGCACAUGAAGGUGCACGAGUCGUCCCCGCAAGGCUCCGAGUCCUCCCCGGCCGCCAGCUCCGGCUACGAGUCCUCCACCCCCCCGGGGCUGGUGUCCCCCAGCGCCGAGUCGCAGAGCACCAGCAACCUCUCCCCGGCGGCGGCGGCGGCGGCGGCGGCGGCAGCGGCGGCGGCGGCGGCCGUGUCCGCCGUGCACCGGGGCAGCGGCGGCGGCGGCGGCGGUGGCAGCGGCGGCGGCGGCGGUGGCGGCGGCCACAGCGGCCUCUCCUCCAACUUCAACGAGUGGUACGUGUAG